AACGCGCUUCGCGUAGAAUACGCAAGACGCAAGCCUGUUUGGUUUCCAUAGGUUACCACGACGCUUUUAACUUUUGCAUGGAUGAACACAGUAACUUAAAAGUAAUAGAACAAUAACUAAUUAAUUACUUAUUGGCAGUAUAUUUGACAAGAGGCGCUGUAUUCAGUCUAAUUAUAUAUAUAUAUAGUCUAUAUAUAUAUAGUCAGUCUAAUUUAUUCAAAGUUGAUAUGCCCCCCAAACGGAAUAAAGGCAUUACUCCGUCUGUAACUCCAACUGGGACAGCUGCUGCUAACAAAAGCUGGGAAACGGCUCUUACUGAUGCUGUAUUUGAGGAGAAUGACUGGAGGGCCAGUCUGUCUAUGGUGCAGGCAGAGAGAGCCGAGGACGAACAGCUCAUAAACGCCCUCCAGCAGGCCGUCCAAAAGCCCCUGCGCAAGCUUUUCAGCGUGCUGUCCUGGGGGGACACUCUGGAAAAGAUCAAUGAACUGGGAAAUCCAAAGACCAGAAAGACUAAAGAUGGUCCCAUGUUUUUUGAGGUGACUGAACUUGCAAAGUCUUUGAUGGAUGGUGGAGAGGAAAUUACUGUGGACCUGAUGGCAAAAUUAAUAAAGUUUCAGCUUCUGACCAUCAAAAACAAUGACUUUGCAAGACGGGCUGCUGAACGGAAGGCUGUAGAGGAGAAUGCUCAUGUUAAAGCGGGCCUGAAUUCUGCCAGCAAGGAUCAGGGGGGUAAAGGAGCAGCAAAGGGCAAAAAAGCUGCCGAGCCUCCAGUCCCAACUAAAGACACCAAACUCAAACGCAGAGGGGAAGAGGAAAAUACUCUCAAAUACAUUGAUGAUGAGCCUGAUGAUGGGCCAGAGCACUACAUCCUGAUAGUGGGAUUCUACCAACCUCAUCUGAUCUCUGCAUUGGACUCUCUGGGUAUCCAUGUGUCCAAUGUUAUAAAACUGAACUUAGAGAGAGAAGACCAAUCAGAGGCAACAACAGAAACAGCAGCAGAGGAGAACCAUCACUCACCUGAAGAUCAGGAAGUUGAGACUCUUAAACAAAGGAGGCAACAGGAGCUAGAUGUGUUCUGGGAGAUGUUGGAUCGCGUCUUGAACAGUGGGAAUAUGGGAUCCAGACUCAGAGAUGUGGCCAGGUUGAACUACAGCGUGAAGAUCCAUUUGCUGCCGCAGGACAAAGACAAUGUCGAAGAAAUGCUGGCGUUUGGAGCUGCUAUAUUUGAGAGUGUGGCGUGUCUGGUGUAUGACAACCUGGACUGGAGGAGACAGUACAACCAUUAUCUCAGCUGCAUGAGGUUGAUCCAGGUGCCUUUGUCCUGCAGAUCCAUCCCACAGUCCCGACCGCAGAGCUCCACUGAGGUUGUGCAAACUCCAAGAAAGAAAGUAGUGACAGAGGAAGACCCUGCAGAGCCAGAGUCUCCUGUUCAGAGCACAGAGGUUAAUAUGAGAUACUACUGUGACCUACUAGACAGGAUUCCAACCGAAAUCACAUCUGUAUCUCUUAUAUUGCAUUGCAUGCUGGAGCAGGUGGUGGCCUCAGAACAGGAAGUCAAUGCAGGAUCAGUUGAUUCAGAGGAGCACGUUGAUAGAACAGACAAAGAUCUAAUCAGAUACAUGCUUUCAUCUUUCUUGAGUCUGCCACUGGAUGAAGAAGACAAGAAGGAACUCAUGGAGGAUUUUGGGAUGCAGAAAAGCCCAAUGAAUGCAGAUCCGAAACACCCUCUCUUGCUCAAUCACCAUGAUGAGAGCGCAAGGAGACUCCUUCAGCUUCCUAUCCUGGAUGGUUUUGAUGUCGCCAAAAUUGAAGCAGACAUCAUGAAGAAAAGCCUUGUGUGGACCGACCUGAUGGUCAGACACACUGAGAGCACCACUGUUAGACUGGCCAGAUCACAGGAGCUAAUGCACUUCUGCACUGAUGAGUCACUGAGCUGGUUUGAGCUACAGAGGCUUCUCCAGCUGUUUGUGUUUGAGAGCAUGCGUUUGACUACAGUGGAUGAGAAAGGCUGUAUUAAAAGAUCUCAAUGCAACCUUUCAAACCCCACACCAUGGGACAACCCUGUUGAAUUCACCAAACGCCUGUAUUGGAGCAACAGCAGGACACCAGGAUCAGCAAAAAACAAUGGCACUGACGAACCAACGGAUAAUGAAGUAACAGUAACAGAUCUCCAGAAGACCUUGAUUCGUCAGCUGGGACACUGGAACUUUGUAGAGAAGCACAGUGCUUCUGUUUUUCCCCAGGUCAUCCAGUCUGCAUCUGAGACUUAUAGAUGUGUGGACACAUUUCACUGUGCCAGAGACAAUGCCACAUAUGUCAUCUGCCACAAUCCCAUGAGCCCUCAGAGGAGUUGCAAGGAAUUCUGGGAUGCAUCACUUCACACAGAUGUGGGCUUCAGGAAUUAUUUGGAAUAUGUGGCAGACUCAAUCAGGGAAUGGACCAGACAGGAAGAGGAAAAAUGGCAGAUGGAGCAAGAGAAGAAAGAGGCGGAAAGAACUCCCAUCCAAACCCCUUCAGAGGCUGACCGAAAUACAGACUCCUCAGUGAAGUCCCCAAUCUCAGACACAUUAGAACAAUAUAUAAGAGAAGAUUCUCUCAAAGCAUGGAAAAUGGACCAGGAGAGAUUAAGGGAGGAGGAGCAAUCCAAAAAGACAAAGAAAGAAAAAGGGGGAAGAGCAACACCAAAAGUAGAAGAGACAAUUGCCUCUGUUAAGGAGAACAAGAAGACUUCAGCAUCCUCAAGAAAGAGUAGAGAAAACAUGUCCAAAACACCCAGCUCGACUACUAAAGACAAAACUAGAGAUAUUCCAGAGACGCCUCAAGAACCAGCAAAUGAGAGAAAAACAGAUGUAUUCACAGGCUACAGUUUAAAUGGGAAACUGGUGCAGGUCACUGGCAAAGUUCAGUCUCUCUAUCCCUGUGAUGGAGGACAAAUAGAUGUGGAGAGUUUUCACUUCACACAAGGAAUGACACAAGUGAAGGUUUGUGUGAAGAAGGAUGGCCAUCAGUUCUACACAAACAUUUCACAGAGAAAAAAAGAGGACAAACUAAAGGAUUUUGACAUGUUCACUAAACAAGCCACUCUUGGAGUCAAACCAGAUCGUGAGAUGGAGAAAUAUGGCUCUUUUCAUGCUGUACUGGCCAAUGGCAUUCGACUCUCCUGCUGUCAGAGCAGCCCGAAUAAAACGAAAAGUUACGCUCUCCAGCGCACUGUGCCUGGUGUCUUCUGUACAGACCAACAGGAACAGGUACCUGAAGUACAUUGUGAGCCGACGGACGAUUCCUCUCCUCCACCAUUCCUGAAUCUACAUGUAUCUCUUCCCAAUGGACUAAUCCUACAUUUUGAUUUUGAGGACUCAGCAAAUGGGGAAUCUUGUGUCCGAUCUCUUCUGAUACGACAGAGAUUUUAUAAUGCUGGAUCUAGUUCAGACCUGACCCCAGACUUCAGCACACACACUGAGGUCUCCAGGGUCAUCACCGACACAGGGACUGUCAUCAAACACAAGAGAGAUGGAUCUACUGAGGUCCUGUUUGCAGACGGAACAGUCAGUACGAGUCCAGACUCUGGACCGGUGUGUGUGAUGGUUCAACACAUGUCCAUAAAGGAGGCGGAGCCUAUCAAAGAGCUGACAGUGGAUAUCAAAGAGACUAAAGACAAGAAAGGCAAGGCUUCUAAGGUAAAAAAUAUAGAGGAUGAGCAACACAUCUCUAUAGAAAAUGAAAAACCAAAAAACUCUGUUGAGAUUACGGGAGGCUCCUGGACCACCACCACCCCCUCUGGCCUAAGAGUUGCCACUGUGGCAGGAAAGGAAGUCCAAGUUCAGCCGAUACUGGCCUAUCAUGUUACAGAUCCCUUUAGUGGGACAGUUGUGGUCACAAGAGAGGACAAAAUGUUGUCUGUGUUGAAGAAAGAUGGAACCGUGAUAGUGGAUCAUGCAGAUGGAACACGUAUUACCACUUUCUACCAGCAGGGGGAGUUACAACAACAACUGCUCCCAGGAGAAAACCUGGUUAGGGUGGAGAACCCUGAUUUUGCAACGGUAACAAUGAACAGUGGGAAAAGAACAUGUGAUGUUUUUUUCGGGGAUGGCACUUCAAUCAGCGCAACUGCUCAUGGGUCAUAUAAAAUUUCUCCUCGUGAUGGUGGUGUCCUCCAUAUUGAUGAGGAUGGUGGAGCGGUGUACACAUCUCAUCAGUCUAAAGAGGGACCGGAUAAAGACCCACCAGGCCAAUUUGUAAUGAACCAUGGAGCAGAUGUCCUCUGUCACGUGACGGACCCCGAGGGGAACUACUUUCAAGUUAAUUCAGACAGUCAGAUCACUGUCAUGACUAACGGAUCAGAAAUGAGAGAGACAGAAACAGAGCUCCAACAGAAUGAUGGCUUUAAAACACACCCACCCAGGUUGUUUGUGGUACACGAGGACGGUUCAGCCUCAGAGCUGCUGAGAGCACAAGAUAUGGAAGAUCUCCUACAGAAGGCUUACUGUGACUCUUCUAUCGCCGUUCUCACUGACCCACUACCAGACUCACAACAAUCAUUUGUCAUCACUCUGCUAAGGCCCUGCCCAGAGAUCAGCACUCAUUGGCUCUCAUCCAACCUAGAUAAUGACAUCAUUCCCACCAACCUCAAAUCCAGGAAAUGGGAGUCAUUCCCUGCAUCUGAAAAGAAGACUCCAGGCCCCUCUUUUGGGACCACUCUUGGUUGUAGUCUCGAGUUAAAGGAGAAACCCUUGAAGCCUUGUUCCAUCCGCAUUCAACCAGUUUUUGAGUGCCCUGACUUGCUGCUGGUGCGUCAGAUUACCCAGCACCUACCUGUCACUGAAACACUGCGCAGGAAACUACAAGACAAAGUCAAGGCAUAUUUGGAGCAGCUGCUACAGAGAGAGAAUGAAUGGGAGAAGAUGCAGUUGAAGGACCUUCAGACAGCAGAGGAAAAGGUUCAUCAGAAUGAUCUACUGCAGCUUGUACUGUCCCAGUCGGAUGCUGUAGAUCCUCCGGUUGAAAUGGAAAUUAAGCCUCUUUCAGCUGAUGUGGCGUCUCUCUAUACUCAAGCAGUGCGAGCAGCUCAACACCCCCACAAGCUACAGGAAAAGACAGAACAGAAAGUUUUGUUUGUCAGUAAAAAGAAGCAAAAGUCAGUGUGGGAAAAAAGGGUUAACCAGAACAGGCAAGAACUCCAGGAGCUGAAAAGACACCGAAAUGCACUCAGACACCAUAUUGUUACUCCAUACUUUCACCCUGAGCUGAAGGAAAAUGCACUAUUUAAAGACGAGGCUAGAACCACCAUAUGAAUAUUUAAUCGUAAUCAUUUUAUCUACUUGUCUUUGUAACAUUUUCUUUCAAAUAUUGUUUAUUUAGAGCAGGGAUUCCCAAACUUGUUUAUAGGUCAAACCCCUUUGACGUAAAAUAUUUACUCAAAGUCAAGCAGAAAUAAAAUGUAAAAAAAAAAUUUAAUUUUGAAAUGUUGCUUUGCCAAUAAAUUGAAAUGUUUAAGUUGAAGCACUAAAAUUAUUAACUGGAAAUAAAUAAAAACUAAAAUUGAAACAAGAAUAAAUUAAACCCAACCAAUAAAAUUACAAAAGC